GAACUCUUUCAGAAAGUACUGACGCGAGUAGCAGAGCAGUUUUCAAAGUAAGCAGAUAGGUUAUUCAAAAUCAACAAGCUGAAGACUGAGGUCACCAACCGUCUCACAAUGUUGGAAAAGAGAGUAGAGCUGGAGGGGAUGACGGUGAUGGAGAUUGAGAAAUGUCGCAAUGACAUCAAGAAGCUCCGUGAUGAGAUCGCAUCCAGAAACAACAGUAAUUUUCUGGACGACAACAAGAAGCUGAGUCCUUGCAGAGCCAUCCCCUCUUACCCCAAAUACCAUCUGUCUAAGGAGACAAUGGAAGCUCUUAGAUUGCCUACAUUUGAUGCUUGGCAGUGGGAGCCCAAUGAGAUGCUGGGCUGUCUGGAACAUAUGUACCAUGACCUGGGCUUGGUCAGAGACUUUAAUAUAAAUCCCAUCACACUGAAAAGAUGGCUGCUGUGUAUCCAUGACAACUACAGGAAUAACCCCUACCACAACUUCCGCCACUGUUUCUGUGUCACCCAGAUGAUGUACAGCAUGAUCUGCCUCUGCAGCCUUCAGGAGAAGUUUACUCAGAUGGAUAUUCUGGCUCUCAUGACAGCUGCUGUGUGUCAUGACCUCGAUCAUCCCGGAUUCAACAACAUGUAUCAGAUCAAUGCUAGAACGGAGAUGGCCCUUCGCUACAAUGAUAUUUCUCCUCUGGAGAACCAUCACUGUGCUGUGGCCUUCCAGAUUUUCUCCCGGCCUGACUGCAACAUAUUCAUCAACUUUGACCCUGAGGCCUUUAAACAGAUACGGCAGGAAACUAUCACAUUGAUCCUGGCCACAGACAUGGCACGCCACAGUGAGAUCCUAAAAACCUUCAAGCAGAAAGUUGACAACUUUGAAUACACAAAUAAGGAGCAUGUUGCCUGUCUGAAGAUGGUACUUAUCAAAUGCUGUGACAUCUCCAAUGAAGUGCGGCCCAUGGAGGUGGCUGAGCCUUGGGUCGAUUGCCUGCUGGAGGAGUACUUCAUGCAGAGUGACAGGGAGAAGGCUGAAGGACUUCCUGUGGCUCCGUUCAUGGACAGAGAAAAGGUCACCAAGUCAACAGCCCAGAUUGGCUUCAUCAAAUUCGUCCUCCUCCCCAUGUUUGAGACUGUGAUGAAGCUGUUCCCACAGAUUGAGGAGGUGAUGGUAAAGCCACUCAGAGAGUCAAGAGACCGGUACGAAGAGCUCAAACAGAUUGAUGAUGCCGUGAAUGAGGUGCAGAAAAAGAAAAGUGAGAAUUUAACAAUGGAUGGUGAGAAGUGAAAAGUUCUGAAAAGGACCAGUGAGCACAGAGCACAAGUACAGUGGAAUAGUGAGAUGUGUUGUUCCACUGGGAGCUGUAAGACCUUCCAUCACCCUGUCCACUCCUCACAUGGAGCAGCAUGAAGGGUGUUGUAGUUUCCAGUGUGCCACAGGAAGAUGAUGGACGAUGUUUAAGAGCAGCUUCUUAAGCUGCUACAGGACUUGAGGACCAGAGGGACUCUGAAUUGAGUGGUUUUAGUUGAAUGCUAGCAUUCGAAUACCACAGACUACUUCAGUGAACAAUAUUUAGAUAUAAUUCUUGUAUUGUGUUUGUUUUUUUUGUUUGCUUUUACAGAUGUACAGAUUUUUAUUGGCUUUUGUUAUUUUAUACAAAAAAGUAAAAGUAUAAUCUUAAUAGCAAAGUUCUGUCUGGACUGUUUCUUUCAUUUUCAAACAAAAUAGCCAAUUAUUUGUCAUGGAAAGGCAGCAAAAGAGAAGAAGAAAAAAGGAGGGCAUAGAGAGACAAGGACAAAAUACAAGAGAGGGAGAAGCCAAAAGUUAACAAAAUGCAGUAAAAUGAAAUGCUUCCUAAUUCUUCCUUCUUCUUUUGAUUGCUCCCUCUCACUGGAUCAUCUACAUCCAUCUUACCCUAUCCUCCUCUGUCACACCCUCUCCAUAUCCCCCUCACUUCAAGGGUCAUUAUGGCGCCAGUGUGUACGGCAUGCCAUCUGCUGCAUCUUUUGCUCUCCACUUUGUUUUUGUUGUUGUGUGUCAAGGAAAAUGUCAAGUGUCUACCGAUGUAUGACCACCAGACACUUCUAAAGCUUUGUCUGCUGUAAAACUAGUGUAGUUCCCCCAUGAAGGGCAAGAGUUUUUACCCCCACUCUUAUCUGGGAUACUGGCUUUUCUCUACCAACCUCCAAGCUCACCUCACUGGAGGAAGCGUCACAGACGUCAGGGUAAGUGAGGUGGGCGAGUAGCUAAAACGCCUGUUUGGCCUGCUGUCCCAAACUUUUCCUGGCCCAAAAGGAAUCGGCUCCUCACCUCUUUGCUUUGUUGCGCUCGUUGGAUCAGGUGUUCUCUAUCAUAUCGAUCGAGACCAUCUCCCCACUCUGUGAUGUAUUACAUAUGAACGCCACCCCCCACCCUGGUCAUGGUGCAUGGGCACCCCGGCUAUCCAGGCCAUGCCCCACAGCUUACAUAUAAAACAGUUGUACAGACCCGAAACUCGCAAUCGUUUUAUCUCUACUUGGUGCAAUGUGUGUUUGUGUACUUUGUGUUGUGCCAUGUGUGGUAAAGUCCGUGGGGUUCUAGUGUGUGGUGACAGUGUGGGUACGUUUACUAGUGAUGGUGUGAUGAAGCCCUGGGAAUGUGGCGAAUCUUUCUGACCAACUGCUUCGCCAAAAGGCAGAUCACACGAAGCCCCGUUGAACGGCUCCUGUGGAAGUACUGACAUCAGCUCAUCAUUAGAUUUACAGCAGCCCUGCUGUGAUAAUACAUGUGGGCCACGUACCAGUGGAUAUGUAGGGCAGGCUAGGCAGAGUGUCUUAAAGAAGUAUCUACACAUCCAACCAAUGGGGAUCAUUCCCUGUACAUAUGGAAUAUGUAACGGAGUGGAGAGAGAGUCUCGAUGUGAUAGAGAAUAAAUUAUUUGACCAAAAAACCCCCAAAACACACACACAGAACAGCAAAAAGCAUCUCACCAGCUGUCUGCACUGUGGUGCACAGGUAAUGACGUGAGCUUCUUUUCUCGCCGCCUGACCUGGGAAAGGAGGUGUUGCAGU